AUGUCAAAUACCGACGGCUUCUGUGACGACUGCUUCACGGCUGUGCGCCACGAAGGUUCGCCGACGGGGAAAUACGAAGAGAUCGGGGGCUGGAACUGCUACACCGCGACACCCGAAGGCGACUUUGCGGCCGACAAGGUCGUUAUCUUCCUUCCGGACGUCUUCGGCCUAGCGUUGGUAAACAACCCUUUGAUCAUCGACGCCUUCGCGCGCAACGGUCUCAAAUGCGUGUGCCCUGACAUCUUCGAGGGGGACGCAAGACCCGUCGACGCUCCUCCUACGUUCGACCGGGAGACCUGGCACCAAAAGCAUAACUUCAAGCAUACCGCCGGUAUCGCACGCGACGUCAUCAACGCGCUCAAGGCACAGGGCGUCACCCGAUUUGGACUAACUGGGUACUGCUACGGUGCUCGUCUCGUUUUCGAUCUCGCAUUCGAGGGUGAAGGCCAUGUAUCGGUCGUAACGCACCCUUCGGCCCUGCAAGUGGAGGACCUCGACAGGUAUGCCACUGAGGCGAAGGCACCGUUGCUCAUUAACAGCUGCGAGACCGACGCGCCGUUCCCGGCUGAAAAGCAGGCAAAGGCAGAUGAGGUGCUCAAAGAUUUCGCGCCUGGCUACAAACGUGCUUACUUUGCGGGCGUAUCUCACGGAUUCGCUGUGAAGGGAGACAUAAGCAACCCGGUCGUGAAAGCCGCGAAGGAGGAGGCUUUCAAGAAUGCCGUGGACUGGUUUAAGAAGUACCUGUGA